AGAUCCCCCUUCCUCGAAACUCUGAAGUCUGAACCGCCUCCGCAUUUUCCCCUCCAAGCGAAGCAUCUCCUCCUCCCCUUCUCCUGUUCCGGUUGGCGUCGUCGAUUGAUCGCUGCGGCGGGCGGCCAUGUGGGUCGAGAUAUUCUGCGGUCUGGUGGCCUACAAGCUCAUCCGCACCGUCUUCUUCUCCGACGACGGCGUCGACCAGCUCGCCGACCUCGACUCCUCCCACUCCGAUCUCUGCUUCGCCGUCGCUUCCAGGCUCGAGAAGCUCUACGGCGGCCGAUGCUUCGUCGGCCUCCGCAUCCCUGACCCCGACGCCGGGGAGCGCCAGCAUAUUGACGUCGUUCUCGUCACCAAGAGGGAGGUCAUGAUGGUAGCAGUCAAGAACUUGUCUGGUUUUGUUGAGGUCGACAAGGAUGGCAACUGGUCCAGUGAAAAGAAGCGCAAGCAGGAGGUUUUACCAAAUCCGGUACUAGAAGUCAAAAGGGCAGCUACCAAUCUUCAAUCAUACUUGGAGCAGAGAGGAGCAGCACUGCCCGAUGAGCUUGUAAACGGAAGAGUUCUGCUGCCAAAUCCCAACUGCAGGCCUUCAUACACUAUCAAUCUUCAACCAGAGGUUAUCUCGUAUGAUCAAUGGAAAGAUCUUAAGGCAGACACAAAAGGUGGACUCUCAACAUGGAUUAAAGGUGCAUUUCAUGGAAGCAAAAGUGAUAUCUCAGAUUUGCUACUCCAAAAUCUACAUUCUAUUCUCAGCACGUCGCCUAUGUGUGACAGGUUGGAACUCAAAGGGGACAAAAAUGUUCUUGGUGAAUUCAUGGAAUUUAAAGGCAGGCAUGAAGACAUUCAACUCUUGAAAAAACUGAAGAGGUCAAAAGUCAGCAAAUUUAUCAUCCAGAAAUCAACUCUUUUCGGAGGUUUUGGUAGGUCACGAGUACAAAUUUUGUAUUCUCCUCGAGAUUAUCGAGCCGAGGGAACUUCAUCUUCAGAAUGGAAAGAGAUUUCUGUGAAGCAGUACACUGAGAUUCUUUUUCAGCCUUUGCAUUCCAAAAAAGUUCGGAAAUUCAAGCUGUCAAGUGUUGCUUCUGUGACACUGAGUGCCUAGUAAGUGGAGAUUUUAAAGAAGUUAGGGUGCUAAGUUUCUCUUGAUAAAAUAGCCUGGUUGUGCAGUGGGCAACCCGGAGGAAAUGUGUUGCUUUUUGUUUCUGUACAUCCAUCCGUAUAUCCAUGUCAUGAUGAUGUCAACCGAACAUGAAUUGUAGGAAUGAAUAAGGGGAUGUGUUUCUUGUUGAGAUUUA